AUGUUACAAUUUUCAUACUUGCAAAUAUUGUUAUUUGCUUUUGCUGUUGGAGUUACCACUUUUCAAAUUUGUCCUAAUUUUGAAAGUUUUAACCAAUCUCAAGUUUUGCAUUCACCAAUCGAAAAUGUUUGUAAUAGUAUUAAGAACAAAAAUUUUAGUUUAUCUUUAAUUCAAUAUAUCAAAACAGACAUUCAAACUGCAUCCUGUACAUACAGCUCAAAUAUUACAGCUUAUGUAAACUUAGAUUAUUUGAUUGAUAAUGAAGACUUAACUAUCUUUAAUAGAAAAGAUAAAAAAGUAUAUCCACCUCGUUUACCAUGCCUUCCAAGUUUUGCUCAAUAUCUUACCGAUGGAUUGUAUUAUAUAACAAUUAAUUCAUUAGAAUAUGAAAGUGGUAUUAUUUUACAACAAGAUUAUACUACUUCUGUAUGUUUAAAAUUGAUGAAAGAAUCAGUAAUUAAUACUUUUGGAAUUGUUACACAAGAGGAGGGAACCAAGUUUAUUCGUCGUAUUCUUGGUGACAACACAAUCACUGGAAUCAUUAAAAAAAAUAUUAUUCAUUACGUUAACUGUGAUAAAGCUGAUUCAUUCAAUUUUCUUAACUACGGAUAUCAAAUAGGAUGUUAUAAUAUAUCUAAAAUUUAUGAGAAAGAAAAUUUGGUAUGGUAUACUUAUAAUGAAAUAGAUAUGAUUGAUGGUGAUUAUGGUGAACUAAAAGGAUGUUUAGAAUCAUGGAAGUGUUCAAUGUUUAAAUUGACCAUAAGUAUAUAUAAUAUUUAUUUGAUUUUAAUUUGUGCCAUUGUUUUUGUUUUUUUUGUAUGGAUCAUCCAAAAAAAUGAUGGAUUUAUUACAAAAGGCAAAAAUAUAAGAUUUUAUUGA